CAGCGGCCAUUAAAACCAAAGAAGAAGAAGAAAGGAGAAGCUUCUGGAAGCGUCUCUGUGAACUGAGCUGUGCUCCGGAUUCAAACUACUGUCUUCAUUCAAGGUUAACCAUCAAAGACAAACAUGGUUAAGGAAACAGGCUACUAUGACACAUUGGGUGUCAAACCUAAUGCUACUCCCGACGAACUGAAAAGAGCCUAUCGCAAACUAGCUUUGAAAUAUCACCCUGACAAAAAUCCCACAGAAGGAGAGAAGUUCAAGCAGAUCUCACAGGCUUAUGAGGUUUUGUCAGAUGCCAAGAAAAGAGAGGUAUAUGACCGUGGAGGUGAAAAGGCGAUAAAGGAAGGAGGGACUGGUGGCGGUGCGGGCUUUGCAUCGCCCAUGGACAUCUUUGACUUGUUUUUUGGAGGAGGUAGCCGGAUGCACAGAGAGCGAAAGGGGAAGAACAUAGUUCAUCAGAUAACAGUGACGCUGGAAGAUCUUUAUAAUGGAGCUACAAGAAAACUGGCUCUCCAAAAGAAUACCAUUUGUGAGAGAUGUGAAGGUCGUGGGAGUCGGAAAGGAGCUGCACAGAUGUGCAUGUCUUGCCACGGCACAGGCAUGCAGGUCCGCAUGCACCAACUCAUACCAGGUAUGGUCCAGCAAGUGUCCACAGUGUGCCACAGCUGCCAGGGUCAAGGACAGAGAAUCAGCCACAAGGACCGCUGCAAAGCAUGCGGAGGCCGAAAGAUCCUGCGCCAGAAGAAGAUUUUGGAGGUCCACAUUGACAAAGGAAUGAGAGACGGCCAGAAGAUAGUUUUCCAUGGAGAAGGAGACCAGGAGCCGGGGAUUGAGCCAGGUGAUAUCAUCAUUGUUUUGGACCAACGAGAACAUACAUGUUUCACCAGGAAAGGAGAGGACCUCAUCAUGUCAAUGGACUUACAGCUGGUUGAAGCUUUGUGUGGUUUUAAGAAGCCUGUUCAGACGCUGGACAACAGAACUCUCCUCAUCACUUCACAUCCAGGGGAAUUGAUCAAGCCUGGAGACACAAAAUGCGUCUUGAAUGAAGGGAUGCCGAUGUACCGCAGACCUUUUGAGAAGGGACGCCUUAUUAUUCACUUCUCGGUGGUAUUCCCACAAGCCAACUUCCUUUCCAAUGACAAGCUAAAGAUGCUGGAGCGCUACCUCCCAGAAAAGCUCGAGGCAGAGCAGCCAGACAGUAUGGACGAUGACCUCUACAUCUACGCCGACCUGGAGGACUGUGACUUUGAGAACAGAAGAAGACACAACCAUCAGUACUACUACAUGGAUGAAGACGACUAUGCCAGCACCGGAGGCGUUCAGUGCCAGACAUCAUAAAAACCAACUGGCCUGUUCUUAUUCCAGAAGCCCGAAUCCUCAUCUCUUAAACAAAGCACCUUUUUGGAAGUUUGUGCACUUUUUAUUUAAUUAUUCUCAUAACUAUGUUUUCUUUCAAAUCGAAUCAGUGUCCCCAUAGCUUUGAUUUUCCAUUAUAAUACUUUUUGGAUGGAGUAGAGUAUCAUGUAGUUCCAGGGUUAAACUUGGAUUUG